AUGCUGCAGGCCCAUAUCAGAUAUGGUGGAGUGGUCUAUAGCUGCAUUGCCACUCAUGUAGGAAACUCUCUGAUUAUGUUUCACCUGUCAGGUGACAGAUCUCACUUCUGGUUCCUGUGUUCCUGUGAGCAUCAAAUACAUAUACAAACAGGAUGGACAGUCACAUUUGCUGUCUGUUGGCAGUGUCCCCUGGUUUUGAACAAAGGCACAAAUGACCCCUUUGCAUGCUACCCACAUUUCCCAGCAAAGACCUACAGCUGCAUGCUUCCCACAACACUGGAGAAAGUCAAGGUAUCAUGGGUUAUGAGUCACUGUGCACAGUGGCCAAUAUCUGAUGACUGUGUUGUCAUUCUUAUGUUG